AUGUCGCCAGGUGACAGUGAGGAAAAGCCAUCAGGUAUGGCUGAGGUAGAGUCCCACAGUUCUUCAGCAAAAGUAUACAAAUGGUCUCAGGACAGUGAAGAUAUCACAAUAAAAUUUGAUCUACCAGAAGGAACCAAGAAAAAUGAAAUAACCUGUAAUAUAACAGCAGAUUCUGUGGACCUUCAAAUUGGGACAGAAGUUUUGUUGAGUGGUCCUCUUUAUGCGAAAGUAAACUCAGAGGAAAGCACAUGGACAGUUGAGGAAAAUAGCUGCUCUUCGCAAGCCGCUCAGAGGGGAAAGAUUGACAUGCAAGUGACAAAUGAUGACCUUAACUGCCAGUACGUGUCAUUUAGCGGCAAAUUCUCGGGAGACGGAAAUCGUGUCAGUGUAUUUGCUUCAAUUCGUUAUGGUAAAAAAUCAUCAGGGGUGCAUGAAUUAGCUUUUAUUUGGAUCGAAGAUGUAACAACAAGCCGUUUCAAGGCCUGUCUGGUAAAAAGUGGCAAAAGUUUACGAGGCAAAAGUGCUUUGAUCGAUUGGUUUGCAUUUCAAGGAUCACAACCAGGAGUAUUCCAUGGCCAGACACGUUUUAAUCUUUUCACUACUGGAUCACGAUGUAACUGGGUUAAUUUUCCCCAGGCAUUUUCAUCAGUUCCCAAAAUCCACGUCACUGUGCAGCAUGGAAUUCCAAACAAAGACCAGGACUCCAUGAAUGUUUGGAUUGCAAACGUUUCCACGAAUCGGUUUGAAGUUUGUUUACAGGAAUCCACUACAUUCAGCGGCCUUCACGACAAGCUUUCGGUGAACUGGAUGGCUUACGAACAUUACCCGUCAGUUUGGGAGGUCAAGGAGUCCUCAGUAGUAAAGUUUUCCGAAAACGACGUACCAUCUGAGCGAGACAGUUACGCUCUGUGUAAGAAUGUCUCCUUUUCAAGUCCAUUUUACACUGCUCCAGUGGUACUCAAUACUGUCAUUAAUGGCGACAGUGGCAAUGCAAACAGUGGCUGCCCAGCGAAAGGUCCUUUAAUCACGUGGUUGGAGGAAGUGACCACUUCCUACAUAUAUAUAUAUAUAUAUAAUAGCGCUGGUUACAACGUUGCCUUUACUAAAUUAGGAUAA